AUGGGGCCGAAAGGCCGUCGAAAGCGCGCCCCAAGUGAGGCUGAGUGGGAACGCAUCAAGGAACCCUUGAGAAGGCUCUGUAUCGUGCAGCGACUUCCAUUGUGGCGGAUCGCAGAUAUUCUCAAGCAGGACUAUGAGUUCGAUGCUGCAAUUGGCCCCUGUGGCAGAAAUGGCUCGGUGCUUCGACAGGGCCGGAAUACCUCCCCCAAAAGCGACUCUCAACGACUUGGUUCUGAUACGGCGUGCCAAACGCCAUCUCCCGAUCCGUCUCAGGAUGAUGGCGAUCAUCCGUCGAGGACCUUGAGCACUAGUAGACACGGAAUCAUCCAAACGGGAAAAGGAACGAACACUAACCACAGCUUGCAUUCGAACCAGCGAGCUGUGGCUAGAAGUACAUUGAUACCGAUGGCUGCACUGCACCAUUCCGACGACCUGCGUGAUUUUGAGCACAUUUUGAGACAAGUCAAAAAAUACUUCGAAUGGCGCCUCCGCAAUGAACCGCCUCCUAAGACCAGAUCGGCUGAGGGCUGGGGUGUCGAGACAACUCGAUCUGUCAAUCCCGUCGAUUUCUUCUUUGAUGUCGGCUGCUACUGUGACGAAGGCGCCCGUGGUGGUGAAUCUAUAUCCACCGCGACGUUCCUUACCAAAUUACGCACAGAUACGGUAGCGAUGCUUCAACAUGAAGAUGAAGGUCUCCUCUGUGCGCUCCUUGAUUACUGCAACGAUUUCAUCCCAAAGUCUGGAUUUGCACAAUCCUUCUGGCGAUCAAGAGGGUUUUUUCUAAUUUUAAGGCUAUUCGCCCUGAAUACACUCGCGAAUAUCUCGGAAGCGAGAAUGGACCUGGCUAAAGUGCACGACUAUCUCACUCAAAUUUGCGUAGGUCUGUUCAAACUCUAUGGGCCCGAUGGCCGGUUGGCUCGCAAGACCCUUCUGCAUUUGGUACGCAUCGAGCGUCUGCAGGUAGCCCAAGGUCUUGGAAACGACAACAGGGCUGGUUAUGUUGCAGAAACUGACCCAGAAGAUCAUUUGCAAAACUUCAUUGAUACAAUCGAUGGGAUUCAGCAGGAGAUGGAACAGCUGGAGUUGGGCAUUAACGAAGGGGAUGAAGCUAUAGGACCGGGCGAAAUGCCCUGGGAUAUCAAGCACUCUUCCAGUAAUGACGACGUCUCUCGAGGCAGCGAUACCGAAACCAACAACCUGGAGCCACAGCUUGCAGACUUGGGGUCGUCGGGCAAAUAA